AUGGCGGAUCACUAUUCCAUUUGCUGCACGCAGCGAAUUGUGCUAUACGAAACGAAAGCGGUAACUAUAACUUUUCUUGUAGACGUUUAACCUUUUUUUCUUAACCUAAGCUGUGGCUGAAGUAGCUUUUUUACUCUCUCCACAGAGGUUUUUCCUGGUGGGUUCGAACAACGCAGAGACUCGCUUUCGUGUACUGAAGAUAGACAGAACAGAACCUUAUGAGCUGGUGUUUUUCGAUGAUAAGGUUUGUUUUCACCCUGUCCCUUUUUUGUAUGAGGUCUGACUUCUCCUGGAAAGUGUGGAGCAAUUCUCAUAAUUAAGGUAAGAUUCCGUGCAACCCCAUUUAUUUAUUAUGCAUUCAGCUAUUUCAUACUAUUUCACACAAAUAGUUGAUAUGAAUAGGGUUGAAACGUGGAUGCAUAAUAAAUGUAUGGAGCUCUAUGGAAAUCUUACCCCCAUGGUCCCUUAGCUAGCAGAGAUAACAAAAGGGUCUACUACAGGGCUCUCUAAUCCCACUUUCCUGCCUGUUUUGUCCUCUUUAUCCCACUAUCCUGCCCUUUGCUAUGUCAAAAUCCUGAUCCGGCCCUAAUUGUUUCUGAGUUUCUUGCUUGAAAAUUCAAGGAAAUAGACAUUGAUCAUGAGAGAUCAUUCUCUCUUGAAGAUUAAUAUAUAUGGCCUUAGUCUACCAAACUAUUGCUUUCCAUUGGUACCUGUAGUUCCAUCCACGAAAAAGAAGGAAAUGUUGAUUUGGACAACAAGACCAGAAUGCAGGACUUUUUUUAAAACAAUGUGACUUCUAACCUCUGUGAUUCGCAUUUGAUACCUCUUUCCAGUGAUGAAAACAGCCAAAAUAGAAAUGAAAUGAUGAAUAUACGAAUUUCAUAUGAAUAUACGAAUUUCAUAAUUUCAUAUGUUGGAACUGUGAAACAGAGAAAUAAAUGCAAAGAAGAACAGCACAGUUAAAGAUGCAACUUUUGCAGUUGAGAAAAGAAACCCGGAAAAAAUUUGGCAGGCUUGCCGCUGAUUCAAACCCUGACCUUUUCUAUAUCUGUGCAGUCUGCCAUACCUGCAGCCAUUAUUAGUGCCAUCACACUAUGCUCCUCCCCACACACAGCUGCUGAGAGUGAAACCACAUUCCUUUCCCACAGUUCGCCAAUUAGAAUUCAGCCUCCAUUUUCUGGAUGGUGUUCGAGCCACUUUUACGGUACGGUGACUCCUCCAAUCACAGCUUUGCUUUUAUCUGUGCCCCAUGUAUGAAUGACAGAACAAUUAAAAUCAUCACGUGAAAACAAGGAAUCAACUAUAGUAGUGUUUUGUUGUUGUAGUUGAGUGACUUGAGUCCUAUUCAAAAUUUAUGAGAUAAGCAGCAGCAGCAAGCAAGUUGAGAAAAUGAAAAAUGAAAAUGGGAGAUUUGGUGACCCAUUGGUGUAGUAUGCAGGAGAAUCACCCAUGACCUCAGGAAUGUCCACUGCUUUGAAGACUGGCUCUCCAAUAGGUCCAAAUGCAUGGUAGUCACUGGAGAAGUCAAUGCUUUAGAGAUUUGAAAGUUUAGUUUUACCUUAUUUGUAAUAUAUUAGUUUAUAAAUAUAACAUUUUAUUAUUCAACUUAGGUGGAGUACACUCAAAGGCAAAUCAAGGAUUUGUUGUCAAUGAUAAGUGCAGGAAAUAUGCCGAACAAGAACAGAGCAUAUGAGACAACAAAUCGCGGACUGCAUAGGAGUAUCUCUGCAUAUGGGAUUGUUGGUAAGAUUCGUAUCAUGAAGGAAAUGGGCCAAGUUGUUUGAAUCCUGAUUAACUGGGCUAACUGUCAAAAGAUCAAGCUAGUUGUCAUGGUAUCGGAUUUAGGCAAAUUGUCCUUCAAAACAGCUCAGCUUAAGAGUAUAAUAAAUUGCAGUACUGCUCAAGAGUAAAUUGACAGUGAGUGUUUUGCUUAGUUCUAAACAAAUGUGUGUUAAAGUAAGUGGUUUCAAAUUGCACACGACAAAUGCAAGGCUGUCACUAAAGAUCUCAAGUUAUUUAUGAGUCCAGGUAUAUACAAAUAGUAGGCAGGGAACUGAAGAGUUGAGAAGUUAUUUUGCUUUUUUAUAUUAUUUUGUUUCUUUUGCAAACAGCCAGGGGUCAUAUUCAUAGUAGCAGUCAGAGGAAAUUCUCAGCCCUCAGCCCUUAGUGUGUUUGCAUAAAAGCAUGAUGAUUGGUGUAAAUUUCUAAAUGUGUGAAUGGUUAUUGUUCUUUUUCUCAAGAAAUGACAAUUAGCGGUAUUGUUUCCUUGAAUCCCUUUGAGUGAUGAACAUUUAAACAUCCUGGUUUCUUGAAACGUAAAAAUUCAAAACUCGAGAGGCAAAAUCAAUCCUUGUGUCUUGAAACUGGAUUUGUUUGAGUUUUUUAGACAUAAGAAUUGCAGUUUUAAGGAUUGAGUUGAAACUGUCUACUUACUUUUGAGCAGUAUUGCUCCUUAUGCCCCAAUAACCAAGUUAAACUACCCAUUUCGCUUCGUAGGCUGCUUUGAUCGUCAUUUGAAAGAAGCCCUCAAGGGAUGUAACAAAACAAAAUAUGCUACAGAUACCAUCAUACAUUACAGCUUGGUUCCUAGCCUGCAGACUUAUUUUUUGGAUUGGGGAAAGCUGCUUGUUGUUGUUUUUUUUUUUUGUAUUUUCAUGGAUGCCACGUUCGAUUUUAUUUGCUGAGAAAGAUUGAGGGAGAGUAGAAGUAACAACCCUUGGGUUGAGCACCUUAAUCAUGUUUGUUACUUGAACAGAACCAUUGACACAUGCAAUUAAAAUGUCUGAAAUACAGGCUUCCCAAUGUUACAAGAAAUUGAAGGCAACACCUAAAGUGUGCCAUUAAUCUACAGCUUGCAAGGAAAAUCUCCAUGGGUUGCUAUGUGUACAUGUAUACACAUUUUUUACGUAGCAGUAAUAGUCAUGAUCAGAUUGAGGGCCACUCUUCCAGGCCUUUCACUGGUAAUGGAGGAAAUAUUAACCUGUCUGUAAUUCAUCUGUUUUUAGGCUUUGUGCGAUUUCUAGAGGGGUACUACAUUAUACUGAUCACAGAACGGAGAAAGUAGGUUCAAGUGAUACUGUCAAAAUAGAGCUCACAUCAUUAAAUUAUAAUUCCUGCUAGCCACUUUGUUGAGCUCACAGCUGGUCUUCAUCAGGCGAUGACUAAGACUAUCAGUAGCACCAUGAUCACAGUAACUGAUAUUCAAAAUCUACUUAUAGUGAUUUAGGUUCCCAAAAAUUCAGGUACAUGCUUCUAUUAAAAGUCCCUCUCGUAAAUGGACAUCAUCUUCUCUAUGCAAUGUACAGUCGACUUCUUCUUGGAGACUUCAUAGUGCAUUAUUUUAGUGGAGCUAUUGCAGAUUUUGUUGUUUUUUUUUUUUGUGAAAGCUGUUUUGAAAAUGAUAAAGUUAGUCAGUCAAUAAUGCUGAUAUAAAAAAAUUUUGUUUGUGUUACUCUCCUUUUUCAGACAAGCUCAGAUAGGUGGACACAGUAUCUACAAGAUCGAGGAUACAAAGCUGAUCCCAAUAGCAAAUGAGCUUGUCAAACAAAAGUUUCAGCAUCCUGAUGAGGCCAAGUUAGUUACGCUGAUCCUUUUCUAAACAACAAUAAAAUGCAUGUUCAUUGUUUUAGUUUUGAAAGCAUUGGAGAAUUUUCAAGAUCAUAAGAGAAAGUACUGGUUAUUGCCUUUUCAAGUGUUUGAAGUAAUAUUCACUUGUUACUUGAUAAAUUUUUGGACUAAAAAGUGUGGGGCAUGUUUAAUUGUGGAGGAAACUUUUAUUUCUGAUGAGCAAAGCGUUUCAGAGCAAUGACGGUAACAAGAAAAUUGAACAUAUGUACAGUGUAUUUUAAGCUCUAACAGCAAUUAUAGCAGUAAUAUUAGUUUUGCAUUAACCAUGUCCAAAAAAUCAAUUUUUUCAGCAUUUUUGAUAGAGGAUGGGGCACUUAUUUAGGGGCAGCAUCCUUUGAGAUAAAUUCAUCACACUGGUGAGAAAGGCCGGCCUUUAUAUGUGUUGAUAAAAAAUGUGCAUAACAGAAAAUCAGCCUUGAUCUUUGUUGUUUUUUUUUUCCAAUUUCUAGGUAUGUGAAGAUCUUUCAAAAUGUGGAUCUUUCAAGUAACUUUUAUUUCAGGUACAUGUAAACCUGGUUAACAGUUCAGUGUACUGAUCACAAAUUAAGAAAAAGUGUUUCUUCAUUUUCUUCUAAUUUUAGUUAUUAGUUAAGGUUUGAAUUAAGCUUUUCCCCAUGCCCUUCCAUUAGUCUUUUAUCCAAUUACAUGUAGCUGUGGGGAAGUAUUUCCUAUUUCUUGUACUUGCAAUGACAUGUAACUGACUUUUGAACAACUGUUGUAAUUGAAAUACAAAUAAUAAGUAGAUGUUAAUUAUGCAAAGUCUUCUCUUUUUCCUUUUGAUCUGAUAGCUACAGUUAUGAUCUCACUCACAACCUUCAACACCAGAUGGGCCCUAUCCUGAACCCUAAGCCUGAUUUAGCUCCUACAGAAUCUUGGCAAGCGUGGAAAUCAUGUAUUCAUGUCAAUGACAAAUCAGUCAAUAAGUCUGAUGUGACUGAUAUUGCUACAUCUGCUGUAGAAAGUCAUGCGCAGUUGAAACAAGAGAGCACACUUGAUCAAACUGCAUGUGACAAUCAAGUACUCUCUAAUGAUCAUAAUGAUGGAAGCUAUGUUGCUAGCAGUGAUGAGGGGACUGUAUAUGUUGAAGACACUGCAAAGAAAGAAACUGGAAAGGUAGACAGUGAGACGGCAGAAGUAAAUGCUGAUUUAUCCCAUAAUGGUGACUUGAAUACUGUAGGAGUAGGAGGGGAUGGAAAUGCUGAUCCAUUCACUGACACCGUUUCUACCUUGUCGGCUGGAGAAACUGCACCUUCAAGGGACCAAAUAGUUCACAAACGUAGUGGCGAUCUUCCACUAAAGGACAGUUCUGUGAGUACACUUGAUGGUCAAGCAUCAGCUUGUUCAGAGUGCCAAAAAAUAAGACGACAGAAGAUGCCAUUUUUGAACAAACGCAAGUCCUGUUGUAAGUUUGUGUGGAACAAAUAUCUCCUGCAAGGCUUUGAGGGAGCUGUUCAUUCUGACUGGAUUCUGCACAUUGUUAAUGGCUUUGUGGGACAAUCCAGUAUCCUUUUUGCAACAAUGUUCUUGAAUCCCUAUUUUUCUUGUAAAUUAAUGUAGAAUGAAUGGCCUCUACUAGAUGCAUUAUUUUAUUUCAGCCCUUAUUGUCAAUCAUGUUGCUCUUUAAUACUUUUGUUUAUUGUUAUACUAAGACCCUGCUAAGAAAACCCGUAAUGUGUGGGGAAAGUGUUGGUUCCAAUUUUCUACUUAAACCAGCCCUGCUAAAGGCAUAAACAAAUUUAAUAUUUGAAUUUCAUUUCAAAAAGGAGGAGUUAUGAUGUGACUGUUUAAAGACCGAGUUGGACUGAAAUGAAACUGUCAAAUGACAAUGCUGUAGAACUAUAGCAAUUCUAUUUAUAACUUUAAGCUGCUAUUGUUUUCCUACAAAAAUAUAUGAUUAUUUCUUGCAUAAAUUAGAUCGAAAAAAGUUGAAAACUGGACUGUUGCUAGAAAUCUCCAUAGGUACCUUCACCUAAACCUUCUCAAGUUACACUGUUUUUUUUAUAAGAAUAUUGUUUUUCCCGCCCAGGCUGAAUAUUCUUAUUUUUCUGCCGAUUUUGUCUGCCGAUUUUGUAUUAUUCUUAAAUUAUAGCUUAUGACAUUUCCGUUUUAGAAUUUAUUGGGGUAUAUGUAUUACAUGUACCGUUCAUCGAACUGUCAUUAGCGUUGCACAUUUUGCUAUAGCUAGUGCAGGUUUUUUCGUUUUGUUGGCUAGUUUCGCCGUUCAGAGAAAGGAAUAAUUUUAUAUGGUUAUGUUAAAAACAUAAAAUUGUAUUGUAUUUACAGAUGUUUCAACACACAAGACUAUAUCUAUCCUUUUCAAAAUCUCAGCCUCAGCUUUAUUCUUAAAAUAUUCUUAAAACUUCGCAAAUUUCAGCCUCGAUAUUCUUAUAAAAUAUAUUCUUAUAAAAAAAAGAGUGUAAAAAAGGAUCUUAUUCACUUUUGUAGAUCAUUCACUUCAGGUCUGGCAUAAUGAUAGUUUUCCCUCUUACUGAUAAUUUGUUGUACAGAUUAGAUAAUGUUUAAAUCUGGUUCAUUGCUUUGACAUUUGCUCGAGAUAUUUGUGUUUAUGGACGGCCCAUAUAUGUGACACUUAUUGCACGAAGGUCCAAGGAAUUUGCUGGAACCAGAUUUCUUAAGAGAGGAGCCAAUGAUGAGGUUUGUUUAGCUAUCGAGCCUCCCAAAGUGGGGGUAGGGAAGGGAGGGUAAGGCAAAAACUGACUAGAACCCUAAGGUUUUUUUGUACACCUUCAUGAUUUGCUAUUCUCAACAUUAACAAUAAAGAAGUAUGAUUUUUGAUGCUCUGUUAUUUGCAAUAUUGCUUUGAGCUGCCAAAUUGUGAUGUAUUUUGUGUUCAUUCCGAAUGAAGCUUCCAGCAAACCUUUUUGAAAAGUUCAUUUGCAUAGAUGGUUUGACAUUGUUUUAGGGAAAUGUAGCCAAUGAAGUCGAAACGGAGCAAAUUGUCAAUGAUGCUUCAGUUCUGUCUUUCAAGAGUGGCAGGUUCACCUCCUAUGUGCAACUGAGAGGAUCUGUCCCCUCUUUCUGGUCACAGGUAAAUAAAUCAAUGUACAUGCCUAGUGUGACUUUGAUGAAUUUAGAUAAACUGUUUGAGGUGAAACGACUUUCAACACUUGAUUAAAAUGCAGGCAUUGUCUGCUUAAGAUCAUUCUAGAGGAUGGGGAGAAAUGGCGGUGAUGGUAUGUAAUUCCUUUAGGGUUGUGUAAUGUGCCUACAAUCUUUAAGCAACUGAUGCACUGUCAGUAAAUGGGAUGCCUUUGCCAAUUAACUUUUUUGGUAUCACUGCGUCAUCAGCAAAUUCAAGCCAAGAAAAUGUUGCUGAUUGCAUGUUAUAAAUAUCUUGAACUGUUAACACUCUAGGUCUUCUCCCAUCUCUUUAUUGUUCUCACAAUCCAAACAAAUAAAACAAAGCUGCUUUAAGCAGUGCUGGUGGAUAACCCUAGGAAUGAGCCACAUAUGUACCCUCUUUUGACUUUUUAAAUGUGCAUUCAAGUUCAAGUCCUGUUGAAGUAGCACAUCCUCUUAAAAGAGCUCACGCAGCCUUGUGUAAAGAUUCAAAAGACAAAUCCAUGUCUCACAAUGGUAGGGUUAAGACCUCAAAGGUGAAACAGAUGUUGGGUAGUUUGUAAGGUUUCAAUGACAAACCAAACUGUCUUCAGUUUGGCAUUAUUUUGCAUUCAUGGUAUCAUUUGAAAUCUGAUCAUUCCUGAACUCUUCUUGAUUUUUAGGAGGUUAAACAGGUCAUGGUCCCUAAACCUCAAAUCAUUGGUAAGUUGAACUGCUAGUGCAAUUUUGAAGCCUUUUGAAAUGAGUAGUCAGUAUUUAUGAUUUCUGUAAGUAUGUUUUCUUUCUGCAGUUACUUAAUUAACUGAAGCAGGUUUUGUCUUACCUCUUUUCAAGUGUUUGCCCUUUUAUAUAAGCUAUAAAUCUAAGGUACAGUUGUAGAUAUUGUAUAAAAUUGCUGAUUGUCUCCAAUUCAGAUCACCUUAUUCACAAUCACAAAUUAUUCAUGUUUUGUUCAGUUGACCGUGCCGAUCCUUUCUGCUCAGCUGCUGGUCAGCAUUUCAACCAACUCUUGAGAAGAUUUGGUGCACCUGUGGUUAUUCUUAAUCUUGUCAAGGUGGGUUUUUAAAAAGGGCAUUUUUCACAAAUAAAAUGUAGUUUUAGUAUGGCAUUGAAUAAUGCAUUAUUUAUAAUAUCAUUACUACCAUGCAUUGUUGCAGAAAUUGUUCAUACCUCCCCAUAGACUUUCUUAAACCUCUCCACUCAAGAAAUUCCAAUAUACUGGUGUUAAAAGAGGCAUUGACAAUGUCUAUUCAGUAUGUCCACUGUCCCUGCAAAGGCAGAAAUAACACUAAAAUAAUGUGGCUUGAGUUAGAUUGGUGCUAUUUGGGGACAAUGUACAAAGACAGAUGAUGAGAAGAAUAGGUGUGAUACUUCUUGAGGAAGAAGUUUUUUCCCUGACUGUUAACCAACCAGAAACACCUAAGACGAAUUAACCAUGCAAUAAGCAAAGGUACCAGGUGGCCAGCUGUGAACAUGUCGAGAGUGUGUUAUAUCAAAAUCCCUUCUCCCUGGCUGCAUCUGACAAGAUGUUGAUCUACAAAUAAACCAAACCAAAGAGCGUUUUCUCUUCCCCUCCCCCCCCCUUCGCCCACCUCCUCACUUUUUUGCUAUUGCCUCAACUUUCACAUGUUAACUCACUCAGAAACGCUUGCCUAGCAGGCUAUCAUUACAGCUGUGGAAUGUGUCCUCCCAGGGACCUCAUGAUGCUGGUUGUAUGGGCACUAUACAUAAUACAACUGAUGCUCCCCUUUUGAGACAACCUCCAAGGAGAUAACCCUUUGCAAAGAGGACAGGUGUUCAAAGCCAUCAGGGAUCUGUACAUACAACAGAUAAUAUAAUCUUGAGCUUUUUAACGUCCCAUGUGCCUUCACCAUUCUCCUCUUAAGAGAAAAAGGACUGAACAAUCAGUUCUUAAGAAAUCAGAAACUGGAAAGUUUGAGGCCAAACGAUACACUUGCCCAACCUCACUGCAUUAAAAUUCAACAGACUGUUUCAGUCAGAAUAGUCAGUCUUAGAGGAUGGGGAGGAAUUCCAUUGAUGAUACGUGAUGCCUUUAGGACUUUGUAAUGUGCCCACAACCUUUAUGCACCUGACACGGUGUGUUCAAAAGGUUACCUUACUAAAGUAACUGUGCUAUCAUCAUUGCACAUCUGAAAGCACUUGAUGCAAAGUUCACACAUUUAAAGACGUUAUUUACUGGGUUGCACCAGGUAAACCUGAAGUAAAGUUUCUUGGUUUUUCAGAUGGUUCAAUGACCAAACAAGGAAAAAAGAUUAGCAUGGAACGGAACAAUUCCCAAACCACAAAACAAAAGCUGCCUACAAUUGUUUCCAAAUACUGAGAAACAGUCCAUAAAGUGCCAAUUGUUACAAUACUGCAUUGAAUUUUUCCUUUUUUCAUGUUGUAGAAAAAGGAGAGAAAAAGACACGAACAGAUUCUAAGUGAUGAACUUGAAAGUGCAGUAACUUAUCUCAACCAGUUCCUACCAUCACAGCACGCAAUACAGUACAAAGCUUGGGACAUGGCUCGCUACAACAAAAGGUUAGCUCAAGCUUUACUGUUUUUGUUGACAGUGACUGACAUUUUGACAACCUGUGCGGAAGUUAUCUUUGACCCUAAAGAUGACUACUGCACAGGUUGUCGAAGCCUCAGUCAUUGUCAACAACAACAGUCCUAUUCACGACUAUGUUCACCCAGACGAUCAUACUCAACCUAAUUAUGAAUAUACCAAGUGUUACAUAUCCUGAGAUUUUAAGUAGAUUCAAUCUGUUCAUUUGCAGUAAAGACUGUAAUGUGAUGGAAAAAUUGACCAUUAUUGCAGAUGAGGUUUGUCAGUUGAAUAACUAAAUUAGUUUAUGUACCUUAACUUUUAUGUUUAAGCCACUAACAUAAUUAAGCUGCAAUACCUUCAUACUUAGUACAUGCCUACACUAAUUAAUUUUACAAGUUUUUGUGGCAAAAUAUAUGGAGGAACUGGAAAAUCACAGUCUUUGUAAAGCAAUCAUAUAUUACUGUAGGGAGAAAACAGCAGCCACAUUAACCUUUUGGUUUGCAAAUUGCUUGGGAAGGAAAGUUAACAUGAUUAACUAAUAGACACUGUGCCUCCAAAAAGGGAAAGCUGCUACAAAGCUGCACCUAUCCCUAAUCCCGAAAUUCAAUGAGUUACAGCCAGAGUUACAGCUAUUAUACAGGAGUUCUCAGUCUAUCUUGUUGUCCUUAGGAUUUGGUUCCCUCAAAAUGUUGAAGAUUGUCAUUGACCAUUACAGUAACAGGGAGUUACCUUUACCGGCCCAAGGAGUGUGUUGUCAUAUUUGCAAAACCUUCUUCCUUAAGCCCAUCACCUCUAUCAACGCAUAAAAAAUCCGCCGUAAAUCGACCUUGUUAUCAACAUCUCCUCAAUUGAUUAUAAACAGCUUUUAUAGCCAACCAUUUCAAAAGCCCUCCAGUCUUUUGGUAAAAAGGCUUUUUCUUAAAAUCUAUGUGUUCAUAUUUAUGGUAAUUUUUUGGAAUUUCAAAAUGUUACCCAUAGAUUUUGUCGUUGAUGUGGAUGUUAUGGAUCUUGCUUUUAAGGCAGUUUUUCUGCGACUUCCAUUCCUUUAGGUCUUCAAAGCAACUGGGUUUUUUCACAGUGGUCAAGAAUUAUACUGCAACCAGAUCAGAAAAGAUUUCAGGUAUACAGAUAUGAUGUUUACUUCUCUGGCUGCAGCCAGCUACCUAAUGCGUUACUGUUCACUACCUGGGGUCCAUCAGUAUACGUUUGCCAUAACUAUGCCAGAUUUUCUGCAGAAUGGACAAAGUUUUUAUCACAUAAUUGAUAGAGUAUAUGCUUGCCACGUUAUUCAACGUCUGGUCAAGAAAUUAUUACUAAAGAAUUUCGCCUUAUUUCCUUGAAAAAAUACUUCCCAGAUAAGUUUAUGCUCCAAGUAAGCGAUAAAGGCCAUCUUUUACCACUCUGUCAACUUUAAAUACCUGAACUACCACAGUUAGCUUUGAAAUGGUAUUUUGGCAUCGUAUUUAAGCAUUCACGCCUCAUUUAACAUUUUUAGAGUUUUUAGGUUUAAAAACGAUUACUUUUUAAUAGUUAAAUAUCAAGUUACAUCAUUGUAAUUUCUUUUCGUUUUUAAAUAAGUGGAAAGUUAUAAUUUUUAUUAUUAUUAUUAUUAUUAUUUGCGUGCAGAUGUAAUGGUAUGCGUGGAAGAGGAUAUGCUGAUGAUUCUGUUGGAAGGGAACAGGUACAUUGAUUAUUUGAUGUUAUUGUAUUACCUAAAAUUCACUGAAAGCUUGCUUUAAUAUAAUGGUGACAGGAAUUUCAGUGACAAUAGCACGGAGUUUUUCCUCCACAUAGUUAUUGCAGAUAAUGACAACGAAAUGUGGUUGAAGUGUGAUACGUACUGUACAAGCAAUUUGGUUUUUUAUGUUGUCAUUUUCGUUAUCCAGAUAGUCUGUUAAUUUCCCUAUUUAUGAAUUUGCCUUUAAUCAUUGCAAUAAUUAUAUUUCUUUCCAAGAAUGGCGUGCUGAGGACAAACUGCGUGGAUUGUCUAGACAGAACAAAUACAGCUCAGUUCAUGGUUGGCAAAUGUGCCUUGGGAUUUCAGGUAAAAGUGUCAGAUUCUGGCAUGUUUCUGAAUGCUGUUGUAGUACCAGCCACAAGUCACAAGUCCUUUUGUUUGGUGGUUAUGUUUAGGGUGCGUAUCGCCAUCGGGUAGCUUACUAGUGCCAAGCUACAAGUUGUUUCUCACCCUUCUGUUAGCUGGAUUUUGGACAACAGUUUACAAACCCUUACAUAACACAUUGUUUGCGAGCUUCGAUUUUGAAAAAUGUUGUGAGCGAGGAAAGUAAGUUUUUCGUUUUCAAAUAGUCUGUGCUAGGCUCUUAGAAAGGGAAAGAGAGCGGCGGCGGCAAAAAGCCCUUUUUUCGCAUCCGUUUUCUCGAUCUCUGCACGUUACUAUCUUGGAGCCUGAAACAGGCUACUUCUUUCCAAACAGCACCUGCUACAUGUAUUUGUGACAAUUAAUAAUUAUUAAUGUUAGAAUUGUACUGUUUGCUGAAACUUGUUCAAUGCUCUGUUUAGUUACACGCUUUAGGGGUGAUUGACAAACCAUUUGUGGAGUUUGACUCAGAUGCUGUGAGGUUGGUUACGGAGAAACGUGAUAUUUUUAUGAACUAUAGUUUUUACUAGCAUUUUUUCGAGCAUUUUAGUAAGGCAAAAGCAUUGAGCCUUAUGGAGCAUUUUAGUGGCAUAUUCUCGGAAUAUUAUUGUUUUUUUCUCAGAGAUAAUAAAAAUGGAAAGAAACACGAAAUUCCAGAAAUAUUCGAAUUGAACCUCAACACAGCCUUGCACAGGAUCUUUUGGCGCUGUAUCAAGACUAUUCACUUUUAGUAGGAUCCAACUAGUGGUCUAUUAUCAAUGCUGCGUUCUGAUUGGUUGAGCUACUACUAGGCUAUAUUUUAUAGCCCACUAGUAGCGAAAAGCGCGGGCGUUUUGGCGACAAAAAAGGAUUAAAUUCUAGCUUUAACUAGCUAAUUUUUUUUUAUUCUCGAUAUUUUUGACCAACUAGUUGGAUCUUACUAAAACAAUUAUUCCUCUCUCCCUUAUGGCCUCUGGGUCAAUAGCCCAUUCGGGCUCGAGGAAUAAUUGUUAAGUAUUCAUCGGUGUGUUGAUACUUAUACAUUUUGUUAGCCUUAAGUCCUCUUAAUAUGUUUAGAUAUGAAAUGAAAAGCCUCUCUAUGAUGAGCUUUAUCCGAGCAUUUCAAUUUCCUCUGGGUAGCGACCGCGCAUUAGGGCAAAAAGAUGGAACAUGGAAGUGGAGUGUUUUAGUGGGGAAACAAAAGCAUUAUGUACAAUUUAGGUGGUGAUGUACUGCUGAAGCCUUCAAAUCCUGAGCUUGUUUAAGACAAAAUCGCUUCGAUUUGCCACCCUGUUUAGGAGACCUGGGAUUUUUGUCUACCUUGUUUUCUUUUUUUUAAUUAGGAAAAAAAUUAUAACUAACGUAAAAAACUUGGUACUACACAGGUAGAUUGCGAACUAUACUACCAACUUGCACCCCCUGUUCCUGUUCUCCCUGUUCCAGCGAUCCAGUUCAGAAAGGCAGCCCGUUCAAAACGGUGUUUAAGACCCUAGACCUCGAAAACCUCUCCUUGUUGGUCGUUUCAUAAUACGGACAAGCAAGGGUGUGCCCACCCUUUCCUAUUAAAUUAAAAGUGUUAUAUCCUUUGAAUUUUUAGGAUUUUGGAAGAUCUCUAUGAAGCUCAUGGAGACACUUUGGCUCUUCAGUAUGGUGGAUCACAGCUCGUCCAUGGGUAUGAUAUCAUUUUGUCUUUUAUCGUCGUCCUUUCAGUGUUCUAUAACGAACCAACUCGAUGACCUGCUUCCAGUUGGCUUAUUAGCUCAAUCGGUAGAGGGCUGCACUGAGCGGCAUCGCAGAAGUCGAGGGUUCGAAUACUGUCCAAACCUGAAUUUUUUUCGCAACUACAAAAUUUUCGUCUACAACUGCGAUGAUAGUCUUUCAUUUAGUGAUGUUUUUUUUUUCACUUAGUUUAUUUUAUAACAGUGGUUACCAUUUUGUCCUGUUAUUCUCUUUAGAAUUCGAACAUAUCGCAAGGUAUCACCAUUUACUUCUCAUUCACGGGACAUCAUGCAGACAGUUUCUCGCUACUACAGCAACGCCUUCACUGGUGAGAUAACCCGUGUUCGCAUUGCGUUGUUUCUUCUUUCUUCAAACGACACAUGUCCGGCCAAGUCACUAUUUUUGUGGGACAAAACAAAACUUUUAUCGGACUUAAUGAAGGAUGCAAUAUGCGUUAAGCGAAAAAUGUGUAUAUUAGAAGCGGGAUUUGUAGGCAGAAAAAAGGCGGUCAUGAGUAUUUUAAUACUCAUCACACAAGAUGAAUUUUUUCGAUAUUUUAUCGUCUUCUCCUCUUUACUUCUACAGAAAAUUGUUUUGGGGUGCAGCAAAUAAGGAUAUAAAUUUCGAUUUUUGGGGUUAAGGGGUUAAAGGUACUUGAUGAGGUUUUAUUGACUUUUUGUGGGCCGAUGCUUUCGUUAAUUCGAUUAUCAAUAUGUUUGAAUUAUAGUACUGUACUGUUCUAGUGGAACGACUGAAACUCAACUUUAUACAUUUGUUAAGUGUUUCUAAAUACAAGUGAAGUAAUUUGUGCCUUUUGAAGCGAAAAAGGGCAGGAAUUCUCAAAGGGAGGCAGAAUUAAGCGAUCCAUUUAUGGUCGUUUCGAAAUCCUUGCUCCUUUACUCACCGCACAAAUCCCCUUUACAAGUUCAAUUUCAUACUUACUCUGACAUUUCCCCAAUUUUCUUCUUGUGAUUCUUGGUUGAAAUAAUUAAUCAAAGUCUGAAUCAUUGAUUUAAAAAAAUAAACUUUAACCAAACAUGAUACGGGACUUGGAUCAUCAGAGGUGUUAAAGAAGAAUGUGGCGGAAAGAGUAGUUUUUUUUUCUAUUUUAGCCAAUCUUUAUUUCAAUUUAUAUUUUUCAGUUAAAUUUGACAUACAUUACAAGCAGAAAAAGAGUCUUUAAUACUUCGAGUAAAUACGGUAAUUUUUCAUUUGAGUGUUAAGGAAUUCGUCUUUGCAGAUGCUGACAAGCAACAGGCCUUGAAUCUGUUUCUUGGAAUAUUUUUACCGCUGCUUGAGAAGCGUAACAUCUGGGAAUUACCCAGUGAUUAUUACCUACACCACAAUACAACACUGGACUUAAAGGCCUCCAAGACCAAAAAAAGGUUGGUUUUAAUACACUGUCUCCUUUCAAUAGUUUGACUUUCCUUGUGUCAUAAUGGCCAUUAGCAAACUUAAGCAAAGGCGUUUUUGAGCCACGCACGUCAACCGUGGCCUUUUCCCUUUUAAUAUGCCUGGACGCUACCAAUUUUGUCUUGCUAAGGGCCUGUUUACAUGGAGGUGGGGGACCCCAGGUAUGAUUAUAAUUUUGAUGAUUAUUAUUAUUAUGCAAAAAGUCCACUUCCGGUUGACGUGCGUCUCUCAAAAGCGUGUUUCUCUUUCAAUAUGCCUUGCUAAGUGUCUUCACUCUUAAAGAGACGAUUUCCCCAAGAAUUUGUUCAAAAUUACGGCCGAAGAGUUCAAAAACUCCACUUCCGGUUGACGUGCGUCGCUCAAAAACGUCGUUGCUUAAACUCCCUUUUGUUUAAGCUCGCUAUCGUCCACGCACGGCAUCUUCCCAGGCCUUCUUGGUCAAUGCGUUUCGGUGACUUAAACUUGCUAGUACCACGUGACCAGAAACGCACAGACCGCGCGGAAAAAUGUGGCCUAGGAACUAGGAAAUGGCCGUCGCACAACGUUUUUUAUAACCUCAGACAAUAAAGUAGGAGACAAAAUAUCCGGAUUGAAACUACCAUUUUUAUUUUAAAAAGGUCUCUAUAUGAUCAGGAAUUUUAACGUUUCCUUUUACGCGAGCUUUGUUGUCUCUCGUUCGUUUGCGACAUGUUGAUAUUUGUUUCUACUUCAAGCGUUUACUUAAUCAGAUACUACAUUCUUAUGUAAAGUGAACCGUUUUUAUCCUUCUCAGUUACACCAGAUGGUGGGAUCAGGCUGUGGUCAGGUCUUUGCCCGGCCCUACCCCUGACGGUAUGUAUACAAAUAGGCAGUGUUAGAGCAGAGUCGAACAGCAAUGUUGAUCACGUGACCAUUUUUAUACUAUAAAUAGUGUCUGACGUCAAUGAUUGUAAAUCUUCCAAAUUUGGCUAGCACCAGCUAGCCGCAGAAUUAAAGCCAAUCUAGACCCUUGAAUGGUCGUUCUUUUUUCCGCAAAGCUACGCGGCGCGGGGACUGCAAAAAAAUUAUGCAAAUUAAUGGGGAAAAGGAGGAGAGAUUGUGGAGGAGAGAGGAAAAAGGACAAUUUUCCACUUCCCUCGGGCUUGCGCCCUCGUUCCUUACGAUCAACUGUGGCUUAACAGAAAAAUAAGACUGCUCGCGGUCUAAAGCCAAUCAGAAACGGCGAAGUAUCUUGAAUGAAUAAUAAUAGGGCUUAGUGGGUUGAGAAUUAUUCCUAUCCCACAGAGGCGAACCCAAUGAUGCAUCGUCUUUAAAAAUUGAGUAAAUUAUAUUAGAACAGUAUUUUUGAGUAUUGAUGCUUUAAAAAUGUUCAGCCAGAGUUAUGUAAGAAAAUGUGUUGACAAAUUUACAUUUUACGUUCUGUAGAUUCUACGCCAGGUGAAGGGAAUGGCAGCAAAGAUGAAGACGGACGUAAACAACAUUCAGAUGGAGUAGAUGAUGAACUAGUGGACUUGUUUUCAGAGUUUUAUCAGCCAUAUGAUUUGACCGUCCUGGAGAAUCUUUAUCCCCAUGUCAUGCAGAAAUCGUGCAGGUACAUGAGUUGUAACUUGGUUUUUUCAAAUGAAUUUCACGCGGACAGACUGGACCGUGUUAUUCAAAACAGGAUAGCCUAAAAGCAAGCUCUUCAUGUGUGGCGAACGAAGCGAGCCAAUCAGCUUUGAGAAUUUUGUUAUAGUUGAGAUUAGCUUAAAAAUAUGGAGAGGCCGUGACCAAGAUGAGUUGUAAUAAAGAUUCAGUAACCUUCCUUGAUUUAACGUCAUUUUCUUAAAACGGAUGCAAGCUUUCAGCUGUUUUACCCAAAGUGUCGGACCGGUGAAAUUAAAUCAAAGAGGGGCAUUUAUGUAGGAUUUUUAUUAAUCGUGAAGGGAUCACGCAUUCAUCUUGCUUGGAAUAGAAAAUUUUGUAAUCUUUCAACUGUAGCCUCACGUACAAUAAUAGGGAGCUUUAGCAACGACGACGGGGACGGCAACGAGAACUUCAAAAAAGCAAUAGGUUUGUUGAGCAAAACAACAACUCUGCACGUGCAUCACGCUUUUUUGAACAUUUCUUGGCCGUCACUGAACGACUGCGACGUGAAAAUGCCUAAUUUUACGUUUUAUGGAGGACGUAAACAAGCAACGACAAAAUUUUGCUUCUCUUUCUAAACUUGAGUGUGGUCCUCAAGAAAUCAACCGUAGGAAAAUUCGCCUUCAUUAGACAAUUUCAGCAAAUUGGUAAACACUCGACAAAGUUUGAAAAAACACGAAUUUUAAAGCUCCCUAAUGAGUGCUGAUUGGGUUAUAAAGGGCUGAACUCAGGCGAGUUCCGGCGAAAACCCUCAUGUUUCAUGGGAAUGUUGACUGUAAGGAAACUGUAACUGUUGACUGAACUUAAGCUUUCAGAUGUUUAACUUAGCUUGUCAUGUUUGUUUUCAGAGAUUUCAUGCCACCGAAUUCUUAUAAUCACAGUCCUUUUGUAGUGAGAGCUCCUGCUAAAGCCACAGGGUAAGUACUAGAUGAAAUGUUGCGUAAUAUGUUUAUUAAUAGACCUCUUUCGCUUGUGUUUUGUUGUCUGUUUUGUUACAUUAGGGAGCUUAAGCAACCACGACGGCAACGGCAGCCAAACCGUCACCCAAAAAGUGCGGAAUUCGCGCCGUUAUAAACUUCAUCGCUCUUAUUCCAACUCUUUUAAUUUGUCAAAUGUUGACGAUUUUUUCAGGAGUUGAAUCUCCAAUCCUGGACAAAAGUCCUUGGGACAGUAUUGCAAUAUUCAUAUUUUUUCUGUCAUUUCUCGGUUCCCUCUUAAAACAGUGCAUUCUUUUCGAAAUUUUCUUGCAGUUCUCCCUCCCCCCACCCUAUGCAAAGUUGAAACUCAGAAACAAUUCUGGAUACACGCGUCCAACAUUGUUUGUGAGGUGACGGGAGGGGUUGGACCUGAGUGAAUUGGAAAACGCCCCAGAAAUGCAAGUGUCCCAAGAAUUUUGUCCUGAUUGUAGAGGACUGUACUAAAGUUCACAAAAAGAAAAAGAAACUCGUUGUCUUGUAUUUACGCCCUCCAUAAAACGUGAAAAUAUAAAGUUUCACGUCGUAGUCCUGCAGUGACGACAGAGAAAUGUACAAAAAGCGUGAUCCACGUGCAGCGUUGUUGUUUUGCCAAUCAAAACUUAUUGCUUUUUUCCGUUCCUCGUAAUUCUUCGACUUUGCAGUGAAGUGCUUAUCCUAAAUUCUUUAAAUAUCUACUUAACUAUUCUCUCAUAAUAGAAAGAGAUCAACAGCCAUUCGUGCAUAAGAAUCUGUAGUUGGUGUAAAGCGAAGCGUAAUAGAGAACAAUUUUCUUUUUGAAAUGAUCUCACACUCGCUGAGUCCUUGGCCUUGACUCACAUUAAAGUUGAGUUUUAUGGAGGCUAUUUCCACAUGAGUCCUGGAACUGCAGCUGUCUACAUUAGGAAAUGAAAAGAUAAAAACUGUGCAAAAUAAAUCUUAUGGAUAAACCUAACACGAAACUAUCUGUUUUUAUUUAGAAAUAAUGAAAACAAAACGACAAGAAAAGGGAAAACUUUCUCGUGGUAUUCUAAAUCUCUCUUUUGUAUAUACAGAAAUCGUUAAACGCGGAAAUCUCUAUUAACACUGUAUCUGUGGAGUCGUGAAACCUGCAGAACAGGAACUAUUUUUUUCGUUUUUGGGUGAACUAAGAACGAAGUGGGCGUGGAACGCGAGUUGCUCGACGGGGGAAGGCGCCUUAUCUCGACUCGCGUGUCUUGCGCUCGGCGCUCGCAUCGUGCUUGCCUUCGCGCGACGGCGAAAAAAUAACGCCUGUUCUUCAGGUUAGGAGUCCUGUGGACUCAGCCCGACUCUGUUUUGUUUGUAGCCGACGCCCUGUUCCUGUGCGCCGAGCAGUUGGAGCAGCUCCUGAGCCGUUGAGUGUUGAUGACAGCUGUGAUUCUGGAUCCAGCUCUGAUGAUGACAGUUCAGCCAUUUUAUUUACACAAAGGAGCAGCAGCUCGAGUACUUGCUGUGUUUCAUUUCAGGUUCGCUACAACAGUUGUUGAACCCUAAUAUCACCAUGGACUUUCUUCGCACUGUUCUUCAUACAUUUCCUGUGAUACUGAAGUGAACAAUAGGGAGAAGUCUUUACGUCACGUUGCCAUGGGAGCAAAAUUUCUGGAACUGAAAAAAAUAUGACAGGAAAAAAGCAUAAAAAUUGUCAUGACUUUCCUGUGCAAUAUUGUACUCAGGGAAAAAUUAGUAGCCCAUACUUUUCGUCCAUCGUUCGACAAUGAAAUUGGCCACCUCUGUCAAGAAAAAUUGUUGAGAUUCAGAAAUUUUGGUACCAUGGUAACCUGACGUCACACUUCUCUCUAUUUGUUUAACACUCAAGACCUUGUCUCUUGUAGAUCAUUUCCUUUUUCUCAUGACCUUUAUAAUUGACUGAGCAGUGCAGCUGUCAGUGGAAAUUGCAUUUUGGUCAUUCAUAGAUUAAAGGGCUUAGGUCAAGCUAUUUUAGGGGUUCACCAAAGGACCACAGAAUUGACUGAAAUAUCAGAAUAACUUCUUCAAACUGCAGGAAGAUACAACUGAGAGAAAUACAGAAAAGCCAAAAAGGGUCACGGAUUGGUAAAAGUGAACAAGAUUGAAACGGACCGCAUUCAUGUAAACCUAAAGAACUUGUAUGAAGUUGGAAAUUAUAAUGCUGGGAGUCACUUCAAUUUGUUCUGUGACGAUGGAUUUAUCAAUACAAGACGUUUCGAUUUACUGGUUUGAAGUUUAAAGCUCAUAGUUAACGAAAAAAGGCAAAUUAAUCCAAAACGCCGCUCCUUUAUGUGUAGGGAAUCGUGAAACCAGAAUACCAUAGACCUUGAUAUAAGAAAAGACGAUCUUGUUUGCUUCAAUGCAAUGAACUUCAUUAAGUCUCCCAAGUUGGAUCUUCCGACCUAAGUUAUAGUCAACAACAAAAAGAAAAGAAUCCUGUUUAUUUUCAUUUUAUCACUAAUUUUUGUUUCUCUUCGUUAUACGCUUGACAGGAGUUGCUGCCCUCUAUGAAAGAUGUGUAUGGAGUUGAACUAGAAGACCCCAAGAGGGAAAAUAUGAAGGAUUAUGAAAGGUACUGUCUGCACAUGCCUUGUGGUGAUAUACCGCGUUCUUUGUGACAGACUGGCUCACUGACAGAGACUAAGGUUGAUAGAACGGAGAGAUGAAUGGGCAAUGCGACGUACAUACUAGAUUAACUGACUGUUUGUUUGCCCGAACUGUUCUUUAAAUAUAGAGCCCUCAAAAGUUAAGCAGUGAGAAUGGUCUGAGUAUCUUGAAGCUGUGUCCCGCAUUUUAUCCAUAUUCAGUUCAACCAUAAGAAACUGGCCACCAACUGAGUGAAAGAUGAAAGUAACCAUUAAAACAUUGAAGGAACAUUUCCAUAAGCCAGCAAAUACAAAUAAUGGCAUGGAUGGACAGAGGUGCAGAAAAAGUCGGUUUUCAAAAUUGUUUAACUAAACAGGUUUUCAAAGUUGAAGACUGUUGUUUGUAACUUUGAAAUGUAAUGUUAGUUUCUCCACCAACAUUCGGUUUCAUAGCGAGCUAUCGAAAAGACCAUGGCCCGUUUACACGCAUCCGGAUAUUUUUCCAAAACGGAGAUUUCAGUUUUCAAAAAUAUCCCAAUACGUGUGAACAGGGCUUAAACAAAAUGUACUGAACUAUCGUCCCAGAACCACUUUAAUACCUUUCUUUUUCAUUUAUUCAUUUUAUUCUUUUUUUCCCUUUUUUUAUUCAUUAAUUUAUUUCGUAGAUUUGUUCAGUUUGGCAAAACAGCUCUUCCUGAUAAGGAACGCCCUGGCGUUAAACACAUUCAUUACAACUGGUAAGCAGUUAAAAUAAAUAGUGUUCGUAAAAGUAGCUGCGUUGUUUAGAAGGAUUUUUAAGGUCAACAAGAUAUUCUUAGAAAGUACAAUCGGGCCUGUCCAAAAAGCUAGCCACAAUGCUGAGAUCGGGUGGAAUCCUACGGGAGAUGCUAUAGUUACUAUGAAACUGAUUUUGGAUAGGAGGGGUGGUAAAUUAACGGAAAGUGGCCUUACAUUGAAUUCCGACUGGCGAGAUAUCGAACUAAAUCGAACAGGCGCUUAUUACAGGUUUGACUGUACCUUAUAAAGGCAAUGAAUGACUCAAACGGGGAUUCGAUCGUACCGGCUGAAAAUUUGACCUCGUUUUGUUUUGAGGCGGCUAGAUGUCUAAAUUUUCGCACGGUUAAAGUGGUGUUAGGAAGGGACACCUAAACGCACAAAUUUUCAACCAGUCAAAAAUUCUUCCGGUCAACCGUGUGAACGUACCUUGAGACGUGAAACUUCCUGAUGCGACGUUUUAUGGGGGAAGUGAAUGUUUGUUUCUCUUUCUGAACUUGACUGACUAGAGUCCUUAACAAUCAAACUCCAAGAAAAUUGGCCAACAUUUGAAAAACUGAUCGAGGCGAAAUAAACGCAAUAGAGCUUGAUAGAACGCAAACUCAUUUUUGUUGACGUUCUUGCUUCCAUUGUCAUCGUUGUUGAACGGAAUGGAGCCCAUUCCUGUUUUCGCUCAACAUCGUUCAACUUCAACAUGCCAUGACUUAGUGUUCAACAUUUGUGGAAAUACAGCUGCAACAUUUGUUGAUCAAUUACUUUUGAAGCGUGUGUAGCCCGCGAGCAAGCUCUUCAGUUAGGGGAUAUCGUGUGAAGUCACGCGCGAGCACACGCGAGGAGAGGAAGAGAACCUCAUGCAGCUCUGGUUUGCUUUUUGUCGCUCUUAAUGACGGGCUUGUUCGCAGGUUAAACCCCGUGUUACUGACUUAACAGUUCCUACAUUGCUGUCGGAAAAAGUGUGUGCCUUUUAUAAAGAAUGCUAGAGAGUUUAAACUCACCGAACUCGGUUUUUUCUUUCUUAGGGCUGUGCACAAACCCUUUACUCUGGACUGUAACCGCAAAGUGAGACCGCCAUCAGUAGAUCGACCUUCAGAGGCCUUGUACACGGCUUAUAUACACGCUGGAAAAAAUGGACGUUUUUGGCCUUCGUCUGUCAGUGUUGAUGUUUAUCGAAAAUACGUUAGCAAGAAUUACCAAUGAACAUGCCAUCAUUUAAUUGGUCCAUUUGAAAGAUGAGAAGUGUCGAGCUUGAGGCCCUGUUGAGAGUUCGCGUACGUGUUGCAAAAACGGCCCUUUCUGACCUUUACUUGUUAGCACUGAAGUUGAUCAGAAAUAUAUUAUCGAAUAUUAUCAAUGCUCUGGUCCAUAGCAACUUGUGAGCUUGCUCUGGCUCCAAUUUUUUUUUUUUUUUUUUUUUGGAAUGGGAAGGGUUUGGGUUCAUAAUUAAUUGGGACAGGUGUGGACAGGGAGUCCUGCCGAUUAAUUGCACCCCUCAUAUAUCCGUCACAUUAUAUCUACCUUGUCAGAUUACCCAGGACCGUAAUAGUAUGGGUUCUUCUAUCUUCUAAGCUUUCCUUAGAAGAACAUAAUGACAACCUAUAAUAAUCAUAAAUAAUGAGAAAUCUUUGCCAACGUCACCUUAUGGACAAAUUAAAUUGAACAAAGUUGAAAGAGUUGGUUAAUUUGAGCCAUUUGUGCUCAGCUCUUUCCAAUUAAUAACAAAAGAAUAACAGCCAUCGAAAACUGCGAAAUUGCUGGGUGGCAAAAACGUUAAUGAGCCCAGACAUUC